GGUGAGUGAAUGCUAGACAUUUCUAGGGCUGCCGCCAUUGGCAGAUUGGAAGGAGCUGGGCGUCGUAAUUAAGGGUCAUACAUAUAUAAUAUCGAUCGGUUAGGUUUUUGUACUCAUGUGCAUGGCAGCAGCUGGUAAUAUAUCAAAGAAUCGCCGGAGCGGAAUGUUUCCUAACUGGAAAUAUGAUCAUCACCGGCGGCCGUCGAGUUCUGUGGCAGGUAGGAGACCGGCGCACUUCUUCAAGAUAAUGAUCCCCUCUGCCAUGGCCCAAAAAAAACUGAGGAUCCCCGUAAAGUUUGUAAGAUUAUUUGGGGAUGAAUUGCCAACCGUUGUAACACUCAUUCUUCCUAAUGGUUGUAGUUGGCAAGUGGGAUUGGAGAGAUCAGCUACUGAGAAGGAGAUGUGGUUUCAUGAGGGUUGGCAUGAUUUUGUAGAAUAUCAUUCUAUAGAUUCUGGCUACUUUUUAGUCUUCAGAUACCAAGGAAAUUCAAAUUUCCAUGUUCUUGUAUUUGACAAGACUGCUACUGAGAUCCAGUAUUCAUCUAAAAACUUGGGCGAUGAUCAAGGAGUGGACAUGAUUAUGCAGGUAUCGGAUGAUGAUGUAGAAAAAUCAAGCCAUGACAAGCCGAAAGAAACUCAUGAAAUUAUAUUGUCUAAACAUGAAGAUGGAGAAACAUCUGAUCAUCAUAGGGAAAGACCAGUAGUAUUUUCUGGCACAUCCAUGAAAAAAAGACGUCUCAGGAUGUCCAGAGGAAGAGAGAGAGCAAUCCAAGCAGCCAUAACUUUCAAGCCUAAAAAUCCUUCGUUCAUGCGUGUCAUGCUGUCACCUGCAUCUUAUCAUAUGUAUGUGCCUAGUGGAUUUGCUACCAGCUAUCUUUCUCUGAAUCAAAGUGUCAAACUUCUGACUUCCGAUGUGGAUGAUGGACAACAUGAAUGGGAUGUCAUAUGCCGGCGUUGCCAUUAUGACAGGCACCCGAGGUCGUCACUUAAACUAGGAAGCGGGUGGAAAGUCUUUGCAAGGGACAAUAAUUUGAAAAAAGGAGAUGCCUUUGUCUUUGAGCUCAUCCAGAGGAAGCCUACUGUGCUUAAAGUCUCCAUAUUUCGCGUAGUUGACUAUGCAUGAACUUUCUGUACGUACUCUAAUAAGUUAACUUGUCUAUAUGAUAUAGUACUGAUCAGGCCAAUGUUCAUAUUAAUUUGAUGCAGUCUGUCUUUUCUUUGUUUUGUUUUCUUGAAGAAGGAUACUUUUAAAGAUUAUUAAGUACUAGCUUUUGUUUUGGUUCCUUCAACUUUGGCCGGGUCUGAUGCCAGAGAAAUGGUAUUCAUCCAAUGUUCAUUUUCAUAAGGCUGUAGAUUGAAUCUAGUUGGACUCGUUGGAUGAGAUGAUGAU